AUGCAUGUCUCUAAUCCUCAUGAACCUCUCAACUUGUCCAGCCGAACCACCUUUUUUCAUGACAAUGUCAUCAUCAUGGAGGUCAAUAAUCUUCUCGCCGGAUGGCCCACUUACACAAUAAAUUUCACACCUGAGCGUCCAGGACCGCUGAAGCUUAUUUUGCGCUUGAAGGAUGCAUCAAAAUUUCGAUCAACCGAAGAUGAUGAUAGUGAAGAUGAGGCAGAGGGAGCGGGAGCAAGUAAGGAGGAUGCAGAUGUUACCAUGGUCUGCGAGGCAAUGUCCAAGGAUGCACCUCAGCGCUUCAGUGCGAAACCUGUGCAACUACAUGGCAUCCCUAAGGACCCUCCUUCAGUUGUCACCUUACAGGAGAAGUUCGAGCAGGAGAACAUUUAUACUUGGCCCCCUUGUUGUGGCUUCAGGAAGAUGUCUGCCGAAGUGCCACUCAAUCAUGUUGACGCAUUCAUGACACUACCUGCUGCUGUAGCAGCAUUAAAGUUAGACUAA